CGUCACCUCCCCAGAAUUCGAAUUCCCCAGUCAGCUGCUGUUCACAUGUCUCAGCGUGCGUUGUAGAUUGUUUUGAUGAUGUGUUAGAAGGCUGCACGGUCUCGAGGGUAGGUUCGUUCGAAGGACGCAGGGUGUUCCUCUCUCCUGCUGCUUUUUCCGCAAUGCUACCCUGAUAUAAUUGGCCGGCAACACCAUGAUCUGGUUCGUCUACGGCUUGCUCAGCUGCUUCAAACUGCUGCUCGUGCCGGCGUACCGUUCAACUGACUUUGAAGUGCACCGCAACUGGCUGGCCGUGACGCACUCGCUGCCCCUGAAACAAUGGUACACGGACGAGACAUCGCCCUGGACGCUCGACUACCCGCCACUUUUCGCCUGGUUCGAGUACCUGCUUUCACAGGUGGCGGCCUUCUUCGACCCUGAGAUGCUGCGCGUCUCCAACCUCAACUACGCCUCCAACGCCACCGUCCUCUUCCAGCGCCUCUCUGUGAUCAUCACCGACGCCUUCCUCGCCUAUGGCACCAAGGAGUGCUGCUCCUUCAUUAGAGCGAGCGGGGUGCGAAAGAGCAGUCGAUGGACCCUCACGUGGGGCUCGCCGAUCUCGGUGCUGGCCCUCCUCGUGCUCGGCAAUGCCGGCCUCCUCAUGGUCGACCACAUCCAUUUCCAGUACAACGGGUUCCUCCUUGGCAUUCUCCUCAUCUCCAUCGCCAGGAUGCUCCAGGGCAAGUACCUGAGUUCGGCGGCUUGGUUCAGUGCCCUGUUGAACCUGAAACACCUGUUCCUCUACGUGGCGCCUGCUUACGGCGUUUAUCUCCUGCGAAACUACUGUUUAUGUGACCCAGAAGAGCCGGAGUCAAGAGGCUUGUGGAUUUUGGGCGGCAAAAGACUCUCCAUUAGCAGGGUUGCAAAGCUGGCCUGCAUUGGUGGACUCAUCUGCUUUGCCUCGUUUGGGCCUUUCAUUUUUGCGGGACAAUUUGGACAGGUGCUUUCGAGGCUUUUCCCCUUCAAGAGAGGUCUUUGCCACUCAUACUGGGCGCCAAAUUUCUGGGCCCUGUACAACGCCGCUGACAAAAUGGCAGUUAUUGUUGGCAAAAGACUGGGCUUUCCGAUAGUAUCAAAUUCUGCUGUGAUGACUGGGGGUCUGGUGCAGGAGUUCGAGCACACGGUCCUGCCAUCAAUCUCACCAAGAGUUACGUUCGUCUGCAGUGUGGUAACCAUGCUGCCAGCGCUGAUAAAGCUGUGGCUGUCCCCGGCCAACCCUCUGCACUUUGUCCGGUGCAUUGUUCUGUGUGCCUUCUCAUCCUUCAUGUUCGGCUGGCAUGUGCACGAGAAAGCUGUCCUACUCAUGAUCAUUCCACUCAGUCUGCUGGCAGUGCUGUGGAGGAAAGAAGCAAGAAUCUACCUCUUGCUCUCCACCGUCGGCAAUUACUCACUCACGCCUCUCCUCUUCACACCUCUAGAGAUCCCGCUGAAGGGUUUGCUGGUGUUGUGCCACGCUGUGUAUGCGUUCGUGCAGCUGCACCAGAUGUUCAACCUGCAGAAGGGCUCGAUUUUGCGACUGCCGCUGCUGAACCGUUUCGAGAGCGUGUACACGCUGGGCCUGGCGCCGCUGUUCCUCUACCAGCACGCGCUGCACGGCGCCCUGUUCGGCGCCGCGCUGCCCUUCCUGCCACUGCUGCUGACGUCCACCUACUGCGCCCUCGGGGUCACCUACUGCUGGGCCGUCUUCUACUUCCACUUCCUCUUCUCCGGCAACCACAAAAGAAAAAUACACUGAUCGAUGACAAAGUUUGUUUCUUUUCAAAUCGCGCUCGUUUUAAAAUCGGGACCAAAGAAGAACAACUCGAAAUAUAUGUAAAAGUCUGUGUUUGCCUGUGCUUGGUUUCUUUCUCUAUAUCUCUUGCGUGUGUUGAUGUUGUGAAAGUAAUUUUAGCGCUGAUGAUCAAGAUGUUCCAAAUACAAAUUUGUGGAACGUAAUUUUGAAGUA